GCUGGCUCUACCUUCCGAUUAGAGAUAUGUUAGAGACAAAAAGCAAAAAUUGACAUGGUCGGGUUUUCAUAUGCAUAAAUUUUAGUCUUAUUAGACGGUUUUUUCUGUUUUUCCUAUUCGCGUAUCGAUUACCGAUUGACUUAGUACGUGUAGUGACCAUCUUUCCGAUUUAAUUCUCAUUUUUUUCGCUAUCGCAAUGUCCAAGUGAAGUGUAAACAAUUAAGCAAUUAAAGUACCGUGGAUAUAAUGGCAGCCUGUUUUUUAAUAAAAUUUUAAUAAAUACGGCAGAUUUGCAUGUGUUCAGUGAGUGAGGUGGUUAUAUUGUAACAUUUUCAUAAAAUGAGGGCACUACCUCGGACCCUGCUAUUUGUUUUCACUAACUUGAUAUGUCUCGGUCAAAAUAUUGUAGAAAUUUGGGGGCUGAAAUGCAAAUGCGACAUUUGCAAAAAGACCAACUAUACCUGCGAAACGACAGGAUACUGCUUCGCCUCCACGUACUUCAAAAAUGGUGUUCAGCAGUAUGACUACAGUAAUGACAAUCAAAGGUUUGUACAUAAAUUGCCUUUGCACCAUGCAUCCGUAAUACCGAGCUUGCAUGCUUCUGUUGCUUUCGCUUUUUUCGCUUCCGUGUUUUCUACCGAAUAUCUUUCCACAGGUAAGUCUUUGCGUAAAUUAUCUAACCGUAAGAUUAACAUAGUUAUGGUUUUUGUACUGUUUCAAUGUUUUGUGUUAGCAGUGCUGGUCGUGUAUUGUAUUUUCUACCUAAAGUAGUUAAUGGCUUUAUAGGCAGGUCGGCUGCAAAUCAUUGAGCUCCAGCUUUUAAUGUGUACUCUAUCUUCCUCAUACACAUUAAACGUGGGACCUCCGAUGAUCCUGUAUAUUAGCAAUAAAUUGUACCGCGGAGAAUAUCUUCAAUUUUCACGAUAAAUUUAAUCUUGUUUACCAUUUACAAUGGAGAAUAUUGCUAAAAUUGUUGCAUCACAUCGUUUUAUCUACAUUUUUAUGUUUAUAAAUUCUUAUUUGAUUUUUUCAAUAAAGUAUAGACAACUAUUCCUAUUUUAAGAGUAUAUACGUACAUGUGAACCUAGCACGAAUUGGAUGACCAGCAAUGCAUCACACAUGGAAACAUUAUGAAUUAUUUGAAGAAUAACAACUAAUUGCAUGAAUAUUCCAACUGAUAUUUUACGAUACCGUUGGUUUACAUCGCCUAUGAUUAACAUUAUUUCAUUCAAUUUAUAAAAAGUUGCUCAGUAAUGGUUAAAAGUGUCGCAUUUUAACCAUAAUGUAUAAUUUUGUGCGUUUAUACUGUGUUUUUCAGAAAGUAUAGAAUUAUACGUAUUGGAACGGAUUAAAUUAACUAGCUCAAAUUGAUAGAUACUUUUGCAGAUCAUUUCUAAACCGAAUGAGGGGGAGCACGUGACACCUCGUUUUCAAGCUCCUUUUGAGUAUCUUGUAACACUGUAAUUGCUGUCUUUCAAAUUGAAGGACUCAUCGGUCAUUUUUCUUUUGGAAGCAUCUGUAGAAAUAAAACAUGGAAACAAAUAAAAAUGUCGAAAUUUGACAAUUGUGGCUGACUAAUAAUUGCAUUUCACAUCUAUGGUUCGGAGCUUAUACAAUGAUCGAUGACUUUAGCAGAACAUAUUUAUAAUUACAAAAUAAUAGUUUGAUAGUUGUACCAAUGGUAUCCAGACACUUUAUUAACCAUUACUGUAUAUUGAAUCUGUAGCGUUAUGUUAUGUAUAUUAAGCUGUAAAUAGAGCAGUGGAAUAUGCGAAUACUACAAUUGAAUGAAUUAAUGAUUGUACAUCGAAAAAGAGGUCAGUUCUACAUAUACACGUUGUUCGCAAUAUUAAAAUAUUAAUGUCGAUUAAAAUCACUGCCAUUUUCGAACCAAUCUGAAGUUUUAUAUGGAAUGGUCUUGAGAAAAUAAACAAUGCCAUUUUCUU